AUGUCAACGCUUCAGCUGCUUAAACAGAAAAAUAACUCAAAAACUUCAGCAGCAAAAGUAUCUUCUAAAUAGGAUCAAUGAGGACCACCAAGAUCAAGAUCAAGCUCAUCUCAAGCAUUAAAAACAAAUCGUAUCAGAUAUGCUUUGCAAGAUGAAACAAAAUCCUCAAUAGAAAGCCAAAAUUCUUUAAAAGCUCUCAAACUUCCGCCACUACCAGUAGCUGAAAUUUCGUCCAAACCUUCAUUUAUAAGUGAAGAUGACCCUAGCAAGUUAGCUUCAACAUCUGAAUCCGAUUUAGAAAAUAUAAAAAAUAGCUUAGAGUCAGAAUGAUCAACAAGAAACAUCCCUGAAGACCUGAGGAUUCCUUAUAGAGAGUCCAUUUUUCAAUUGCCUCGCCAUAAGGCGCAUCUAAUAAUCUCAAAAGAAAUUUAUGAUUUGUCUAAAUCCAAAGCCUUAAUUCAAAUUGCAAUUCGUGCAGUUAUAGCAAGAGAAGAAAGUUUGAAAAACAUUCACGAAAUGGAUGAGUUUUUGCAAAAUUCAGGAAACUGGGAGAGUAUAACUGAUGUUCAGUUAGAGACUGCAGAACUGCUGCAUGGGCAUAGAAUGCUCACAUUGAGUGCAGUUGAAAGUAUUAUAAGAUGAAGAGAGUCUUUAUAUGCGGCAUCUCUUAUUAAUCAAGUUGAAAAGCCAAAAAAAAUCCCUUUCAUAUGGAAUGGAGAAAACUAUAUUUAUUAUCAUUAAUUUUGAAGCUUUUAUUUCCCAAUAUAUAAGAUUAAUCAUAAUUAUAAAAAUUGGAGAUUAUUCUCAUAUAUAUUAUAUUAAAAAAAUGAAAGCAGAUAUGGACUUUUUAAAAAGCUCCUCCUAUAGCAAAGUUUUUAAUUUUGAAGAUGGUGCUGACCCUCUUCUUGUAAGGCCUUCAAAAAUCGAAAAAAAAGAAAAAGUAAACAAAAGAAAUACAAAUUAUUUUAUAGACCAAGGACAAGUUUUUGUACCACUACCAUCAUCGCUACAAAAACGAGUCCAAGCAGCAGAAGAAGCCAUCUUUGGAGAAGAUAUUGAAAAAAUCCCUGAAGAGUCCCCAUCAAUUUAUAUGAGCCGAACCAGCAGCUCUUCAGACUUAAGUGAUAAAUUAUCAAAUUCCCCUCAAAUGACCCACAGCAAAGUGUUAAAAACAAUUGUAGAAGAAAUCAUUGAAGAAGAGAUUGAUGAAAAAUUAGAAGACACAGUCAGAGAAGCAAAGCAAGAAGAAGAAAUAAAAAAUCAAAAAAUAAAUUUGACAAAAAUGAUUUUUGAUGAUAUUUUAAAUGAAGUUAUAGAAAAAGAAUGCCCAAUAAUAGCAGAAAACGAAAUUAAAAAUAAGAAAGAUGUCAAUGAGAAACUGAAAGGGUAUUAUGUUAGCUCUUUUAUUGAAGAUGAAAUAAUUAAAAAUUUAAGAGAAAUUGCGAAAGCGGAAAUAGAAGCUGCUAAAAAAAAGCAAAAAGAAAAUAAAUUGGUUUCUGAAGAUGUUUUCGAAAAAUUAUUAAUUAUAUUGAUAAGAGAGGUGGUUGAGUUAGAAGUUGAUAGAGAAAAGAAGAUGGCUAAUAAUACAAAAUUAGCAAAAAAUAUUGUAGGCUCUCUUGUAGAUGAAUGUGUUGAAAGGCUUUUAAAAGAAUUCGCUGAUACUGCAAUAAAUGAUGCAAAAAAGGUGUUUGAGAAAGAUUUAAACGAUAUGAACUCAAAAAUUGCAUUAAUAAUUGCAAAUCAAUUAAUUGAUGAAAUUGUUCUAAAUAAUGAAGAUUUUGGGAUCAAUAGCAUUUCUGAGUCAGCAUUGCAAGAAAUGAAACAAAACCACAAAGAAAAAAUUGAGCAGUUCAAUUCAAAUUUGGCACUUUUGAUUUAUAAUGAAAUAGUAGACAGUCUUAUUAAUGGAAACUCAGAUCUUAAUAUGCAUAAAAUAGCAGAAAUAGCCUUGAAAUCAACAGAAAAAGAGAGCGCAAAAAUGAUUGAAGAUAUAAGCUUGAUUAUAUAUAACGAGCUCUUUGAUUAUCUUAUAUACCAAUAUUCAGAAUUCAACCUAUCUAAUAUUGCAGAAAUGACAGUAGAUGAAAUUAAGAAAAAAAUUAAAGAAACAAAAGAUAAAGAGCUGCAGGGGUUAGCCAAUGUAAUUUAUGGCUCAUUAUUAGAUGAGCACAUUGCUGAUACAAAUUUAAAUCGACUAAGCAAUAAGGAAAUAAGACUUGAAGAACAAAGAGCAAGAGACUUAAAAGCAAGAAGCGAAGUCAUAUAUUUUUUACAUAAAAUAUUAUUUUAUUUUUAUAUUUAUAAAAAAAAUACAAAAUUAUUCAAAAAUGUAUAGAAGAGUUAGGGCUUGACUUUGCUUACCAAGAAGAUUUCCAAGACCUCUCAAACGUAGAAUUUCGACCUAUUGGUGUCCCUGAAAUUAUGAUUAUCAGUGUUCUUGAUGAAUAUUACCGCUUUAUUCCAGAAAUCUGCAAACCUUCACUUCCCACCAUAAUGCAGCUUCUAAAUGAAAUCACCCGCGGUAUCAAUCCUUGCUGAUACUGGGCUUUAAAAGAAAAUCGCAUUCUUGGGCUUAUAGUCUACACUCAAGAUUGUAUAGGUCAAUUAGAAUCCAAUUUAAUUAUCCAUCACUUCUCAUGCCUAAACUGAGAAGCAUACCCCGGCUUAUUAGAAGCCACCAAAAAGUUUUUAUUCAGCAACGAUAAAUUUGAUGAAAUUAGGGUCAAUUUAAUUGCAGGAGAAAUCCAAGAAGUCCCACUUGAUGUUAAAAGGAUUUUUAGUAAGGGAAAAUUCAAAUGGAAAGCAAACUCUGAAACUGAGGAUAAAUAUGAUAUAUAGAACUUUCUCUUCAAUAGCGCGAUAAUGCGCAUUCCUAGGUUUUACCGGAGGGUCUUGGACAUAUGAAAACCUGCUAUUCCUUAUUCAUGGGGAGACAAACAGCCUAAAUAAAGAAUUCUGCCUGAUCAAUCUCGAGAACUUGAAGAGAGGCUGUGUGGAAAAAUUACAUUUUGGUUCGUCAAGUGGAUCUGACGAGCCAAUUCUGGCCAGUACUUGAAAAUAAAAAAUGAUAGUUGCCAGAAUUUUAUAUAUUUUCUGAUGAAGAGUAUGAUCAGAUAAUAAUUCCUUUUGACAAUAAAAUUCAAAAUUAAAACUUUUAAUAGAAGAUUUAAAGAGAUAAUUAAAGCAUAAAGAUAACGUUAUGAGUACUCUUUACUGCCUAAGGGAGACAAUGCCAGUUAUGUUUUUUAAAUUUGAAUUUUUUCAUAGUGACUUAACCAUCUUAAUAAUUUUUUAAUUUUUAAAAAUUUAAACUUUUAAUAGAAGAUUUAAAGAGAUAAUUAAAGCAUAAAGAUAACGACCUGAGUACUCUUUACUGCCUUAGGGAGACGAUGCCAGUUAUGAUUUUUUAAAUUUUGACUUUUGUCAUAAUGACUUAACCAUCUUAAUAAUUUUUUUAAUUUCAAAAAUUCAAACUUUUAAUAGAAGAUUUAAAGAGAUAAUUAAAGCAUAAAGAUAACGAUCUGAGUACUCUUUACUGCCUUUGGGAGACGAUGCCAAUAAUGAUUUUUAAAUUUUGACUUUUUUCAUUGUGCUUAACCAUCUUACUCCCCCCCCCCCCUCCGUGAGCGAACAAAAAAAUUUUGUUCGCUCACGGAGGGGGGUUAAUUUUUUUUUUUAAAAAAAAUUUAUAUAUAAAUUUUAUAAAAAAUAUUUUUUUCGAAAUUUAAAAAAAUCCUAAUUUGCAAAAAUUGGGAAGCAAAUAUUAAUUUAAUUUGCAAAAUUUAUGUUUUAAAACGCAAUUUGUUUAAAAUUAAACAGAAUUAGCUCUAGAUUUCAUUAUACUAAUUAUCACUUAUAUAUCAAAAUUUUUUUCCAUUAAAAUUUUUUCUAUUAAAAAAAUUUUUGUUCACUCACGGAGGGUGGGUUUUUGGUCAAAAAAUGGCGAUUUUUCUAAUGGUUUUGUUCGCUCACGGAGGGGGGGGGGAGAGUUAAUAAAUUUUUAUUUUUUAAAAAUUUAAACUUUUAAUAGAAGAUUUACUCUUUACUGCCUUUGGGAGACGAUGCCAGUAAUGAUUUUUAAAUUUUGACUUUUUUCAUAGUGACUUAACCAUCUUAAUAAUGUUUUAUUUUUUAAAAAUUUCAAACUUUUAAUAGAAGAUUUAAAGAGAUAUAAAUAAAGCAUAAAGAUAACGUUAUGAAUACUCUUUACUGCCUUAGGGAGACGAUGCCAGUAAUGAUUUUUAAAUUUUUACUUUUUUCAUCGUACUUAACCAUCUUAAUAAUUUUUAUUUUUUAAAAUUUCAAACUUUUAAUAGAAGAUUUAAAGAGAUAAUUAAAGCAUAAAGAUAACGAUCUGAGUACUCUUUACUGCCUAAGGAAAACGAUGCCAGUUUAUGAUUUUUAAAUUUUGACUUUUUUCAUAGUGACUUAACCAUCUUAAUAAUUUUUAUUUUUUAAAAUUUCAAACUUUUAAUAGAAGAUUUAAAGAGAUAAUUAAAGCAUAAAAUAAACGUAAUGAGUACUCUUUACUGCCUUUGGGAGACGAUGCCAGUAAUGAUUUUUAAAUUUUUACUUUUGCCAUAGUACUUAGUGACUUAACCAUCUUAAUAAUUUUUUAAUUUUUUAAAAAUUCAAACUUUCGUCAUAGUGACUUAAUUAAUUACUAGAUCCUGUGCCUUUUAUUAAAAUUCUGAUCAUACUCUUCAUCAGAAAAUUAAUAAAAUUCUGGCAACUAUCAUUUUUUAUUUCAAGUACUGGCCAGAAUUGGCUCGUCAGAUCCAUUUGACGAACCAAAAUGUAAUUUUUCCACACACAGCCUCUCUUCAAGUUCUCGAGAUUGAUCAGGCAGAAUUCUUUAUUUAGGCUGUUUGUCUCUCCCCAUGAAUAAGGAAUAGCAGGUUUUCAUAUGUCCAAGACCUUCCGGUAAAACCUAGGAAUGCGCAUUAUCGCGCUAUUGAAGAGAAAGUUCUAUAGCAAUUAUGGGCAUAACUAGGGCUAAUACUAAUAUUAUUUUGACGCCUAGGAAAACACAAAACCAGACAAUAAGAGUUGUCUCUGGAUGCUGUAUCGAAAUUGAUAAUGAGACAAAUGGAUUAAAUCUAGAAAUAGGGGAAGAGUCUAUGCAGAUAGGAAAUAGACAAUGCUUGAUUAAUUCUAUACUAGGACUUAUGGGACAACUUGUGAAAAAUCAAAUUAAAGUGUCACAGCUUGGCCUGAGUAAUCUGCAUAACGAUAUUUCUAAUAUUUUAGAAUACGCAAGCAGCUCUGAAAGCUUUAAUUUCCCAUAUAUGAGCUCUAUAAUAGCUACAAAUAAAAUUGAGGCAUCUGAAUUUAUUCAAAAAAAUAAAAUGAUGCUUCCUACUCCAAGAGGCAAAAGUUCAAUUUCUUGCCUUGAUAUUUCAUUUCGAUGGCCAAGCUGCACUUUUAUUCACCAAAAAGUUUUUGAAAAUGACUAUCAUUUUAUGCGAUUUAAAUCAAAUAAACUUUCCUGUGCCAGAGUAAAUGAUUUUAUGAUAUUUAAAGUCCCUACUGAAUUUUCUAAUUUAUUUACAUUUUUUAUUACAACAAAUGAUGAUUUAAAGCAGGAUUUGGCUUCUGAAAUAUAUAAAAGGAAAAAUGAUAUGCUGAAUAAUAUUGCUUUUAUUAUUGGAAAUUAUGGCAAUUUAUUUGCUUACUUGUAAUGCGAAUCAGCUAAAUGAAGCAUAUUUUUUAUAAAGCUAAUAGUAUAUUGAAACAAGUAGUAAAUUUUGAGCCUAUUGAAGAGCUUAGGCUGCCAUGCUUUAAUAAAGAUUUAUAUCAUAAACUUAGCUGAGUAAAAGGAUAUGAAAUUCUUCCUCAAAAAGAUGAGACAGGAAUUCAGAAAAUUGCAUCAUGCAAUGAAUGCGUAAAACUUGAAAUGAGGAACUAUUCUCAGUUUGAAGGGAUUUUAAGGAUAAAUCCACACACAGGAUAUAUAAUAGACCAAGAUUUUAUUUUUGGGAUUAUGCACAAAAAGGUGGAUAUGGUAUUGGAUAUACCUUUAUUUGUAUGUCUUAUAGAAAAGUGUAAUUGGAUUGCUUGUUAA